CCUCCCCCUUUCCCCUUCGCCACAGAUGCUCUGGGAGAACUGGAGUCUUCGGUUCUGUGGUCAAUACGUUGCUCCGGCGGGAAAUACACGCCCCGGUCUACGCCUUCCCUGCGCGCCGCUCGGCCUCCGCCGUUGCUAAGCGGCCUUGGAUACCUGGUCGCGGGAUGCUGGGUGGUGUCAGGUGAAGAUGGUGGUCAUUGGGCCUCAGGUAACUAUGGAGAAGGAGCUUCGGAGCACCAUCCUUUUUAAUACAUACAAAAAGGAAGUAUUUACCACCAACAAUGGCUAUAAAUCCAUGCAGAAGAGACUUCGGAGCAAUUGGAAGAUUCAGAGCUUAAAAGAUGAAAUCACAUCUGAGAAGUUAAUUGGGGUGAAACUGUGGAUUACAGCUGGGCCGAGGGAAAAAUUUACUGCAGCUGAGUUUGAAGUCCUGAAGAAAUACCUCGACGGCGGUGGAGAUAUCCUUGUGAUGCUAGGAGAGGGUGGGGAAUCCAGAUUUGACACCAAUAUUAAUUUUCUCCUAGAAGAAUAUGGAAUCAUGGUUAAUAAUGAUGCAGUGGUUAGAAAUGUAUAUUAUAAGUAUUUCCAUCCUAAAGAAGCUCUGGUUUCCAAUGGAGUCUUAAACAGAGAAAUUAGUCGAGCUGCAGGGAAGGCCGUGCCUGGAAUCAUUGAUGAGGAGAGCAGUGGAAACAAUGCCCAGGCUCUCACCUUUGUCUAUCCUUUUGGUGCCACCUUGAGUGUCAUGAAACCAGCAGUGGCUGUUCUGUCCACAGGCUCUGUCUGUUUCCCGCUUAACAGACCCAUUCUGGCUUUCUAUCACUCAAAGAACCAAGGUGGGAAGCUGGCAGUGCUUGGCUCGUGUCACAUGUUCAGUGACCAGUAUUUGGAUAAAGAAGAAAACAGCAAAAUCAUGGAUGUUGUUUUCCAGUGGCUCACAACAGAAGACAUCCACCUAAACCAGAUUGAUGCCGAGGACCCAGAGAUUUCGGACUACAUGAUGCUGCCCGACACAGCCACCCUGUCAGAGCGGCUUCGAGUGUGUCUCCAGGAGGGCGAUGAGAACCCGCGGGACUUUACCACCCUCUUCGACCUGUCCAUUUACCAGCUGGAUACCACCUCCCUCCCCAAGGUCAUCAAGGCUCACGAACAGCUAAAUGUGAAACAUGAACCUCUCCAGCUCAUCCAACCUCAGUUUGAGACGCCGCUGCCAGCCCUUCAGCCAGCGGUUUUCCCUCCCAGUUUCAGGGAACUGCCACCUCCUCCACUGGAGCUGUUUGACUUAGAUGAGACCUUCUCCUCUGAGAAGGCACGGCUUGCUCAGAUUACCAAUAAGUGUACUGAAGAAGACCUGGAAUUCUAUGUCAGAAAGUGUGGUGACAUUCUUGGAGUAACGAAUAAACUACCAAAGGACCAACAAGACGCCAAACAUAUCCUUGAGCACAUCUUCUUCCAAGUGGUGGAAUUCAAGAAAUUGAACCAGGAACAUGACAUUGAUACAAGUGAAACUGCAUUCCAGAACAAUUUCUGAGGAACGUGCUUCCUGAAGUAUUUUCUGCCUCCUGAUUCUCUUUGUAAACUAGUUUUCAAUUGUUCCUGAACUCCUUUAUCAAAAUUGUCUGUACGCUCUUCUAUGAGCUGUGGGAAGGUUUUUUUAUAUCUUCUGUAGGGCCCAGAUAGGUUUAACAUUUCUAACUUAGAGGAUCCUUAUGUAAGAUGUGUUCCAUUUUUUUAAAAUUAAAUCUAAUUGAAUCUGUAUUUUUAUAAUUUAUGAAA